UAGAAAGCGGAGCGGUGUGUGUGAGAGAGCGCGCGCUCGUGUGUGUGUGUGUGUGGAGUUUAGUUGUGUUUUGUCUCUCAGAGAUAUUUCGAGGAUCUGGGACACAGUGGGAAUGUUAGAGAGAGGAGCAGUGUGUGUUACUGAUGUGUGAGACAUCAGUGUGUGUGUGUGUGUGUUUACAUUUACAGAGAGGGUAAUUAAUUCAUUGGUAAUUAAUUAAUUAAUUAAUUCCAGGAGUGAGGUGUUUGUGAGAGCAUGAGGAGUGUGUGUGUGAGAGGGCAGGGUGCUCAGGGCUCCUUGGUGUGUGUGUGCUGGGUGUUGAUGCUGUGCAGUGUGUGUGUGCUGGGGUAUAAACCUGUCAUCAUCAUCCAUGGACUCUUCGACACCUCGGCUGAUUUCGUCAACCUGCAGAGAUACAUCAACCAGUCUCACCCCGGGACGAACGUGACCGUGAUAGACCUGUUUGACCGCACAGCCAGUCUGGAGCCGCUGUGGAAGCAGGUGGAGGGCUUUAAAAAGGCCAUUUACCCCAUCAUGCAGAACGCCGCGAAUGGAGUGCACCUCCUCUGUUACUCACAGGGAGGGUUGAUAUGUCGUGGAAUUCUGUCUACACUAACUGACCACAACGUUCACUCCUUCAUCUCCCUCUCCUCCCCUCAGUCUGGACAGUACGGAGACACAGACUAUCUGAAGUUCUUCUUCCCUGAGUUUGUGAAGUCCAACCUGUAUAUCCUGUGUUACACGGCUGUGGGCCAGAAGAUCUCCAUCUGUAACUACUGGAACGACCCUCAUCACAGAGACAUGUACCUGAACACCAGUGAUUACCUCGCACUGCUGAACAACGAGCGGCCGCACCCCGAUUCCUUGGUGUGGAAGCAGAACUUCCUGCGCAUUAAGAAGCUGGUGCUGAUCGGCGGACCGGACGACGGCGUCAUCACUCCGUGGCAAUCCAGCCAGUUUGGUUUCUAUGACGACAACGAGACGGUGGUGGAGAUGAAAUAUCAGGAGGUGUUUCUGAGGGACGCGUUCGGCCUGAAGUCUCUGUACGCCAGAGGAGACCUGGAGCUGUGUUCAGUGGCGGGAGUCGAGCACACCUACUGGCACUCCAACGAGACCGUGUACAAGCGCUGCAUCGACCAGUGGCUAACAUAAACACACACACACACACACACACACACAAACACACCCUCAAAUAGGGACUGUUUUUACACACACUCUUUUUAUUAGCUCCUUUGCUACAAACAAAUGAUCAUCAGCUGCGUUUGUUUCAGUUCAGUGUUGCUCCAAGUCACUGCAGCACUUUCUCUCUUGUGGGUGUGUGUGGGUGUGUGUGUGUGUGUCUGCUUUUCAUGACGCACACGGUUCAUCGCUCAGGCCCUCUCAGCUUUUUACAGAAGCUUAUACAAAUACACACACACACACACACGUAGCGUGUAAAUUUGUUUUAUUCGUCAUUUGUAUACUCGCAAAAAGCACAACACAAUGCAAAUCAGUGCCUCAAAGACAUUUCUGAUCCUUUACAAAAGAAAAAAAAGUGGGCGGGGUUUUAUCUUGACAUCCUGCUUUCGGAUUAACAGGGGCGGGGCUUAAGAUCAUUUUAAUCAUGCGCUUGAUUGAUGAUGAUAAUGACUUUAUUGCUCAUUAUACAGCUUAGCCUAAAACCACCGCAACAUCAGCUAAGCUAUUCGAAUGCGAUCGAGUUAAGCAUGAGCCCCGCCCCCAGUUUGACCUUCCUGUCCGUCACGUGAGUUAAAUUUUAUUUAUUUAUUUUUUUAAGCCUUGAUUUUAAACCCUAUACACGUCCUUUUUUCGUUUUAUUUAUCGUUAAAGAAGCAAAAUGUAAAUGUCAAAUGUUACAUAUUGCUUCUUUAAUCUCCUGCACCAUAAUGGAAUUAGGCGUAUCGUAAUCCCGUCUCGUAUUUGUGUACUAUGUAGCAGGUUUAUCCUUUAACUGUGGGUAUUGGAUUGACAUUGUGUAAAACCCAGUGUGUUUAAAUCUAUCACUGUCCGUUUUUAAAGCAGCAAUAAGUAAAAUUGUGCCACGAUGAGAGAAACAUUUGGAUCCAGAAAAUCUUGCAUAGAAUUGGUGCAGGUCUGUAUAAAUCCUAAUGUUUAAAAAAAAUCUUAUUUUUUCCUUUCAAUGCAUCAACAUGCAUAUUUCUUCCUUUACUCCACAAAAACAAAGAGGAAUUAUACAGUUGGAAAUGUAUUCCGAUUGCAGUAUGAAAGAUUGCCUUACAUUUGUACAUGCUUUGUCCUUUAACUGUGUUUUAUUAGACUUCCUGUAGCUUUAUGAUAAAGACUAAGUAAAAAAAAAUAUGACUGAAUAUACACAUAGAUUCUCAGGUUUGCCUACCAGUUUUAAAUCUUUGUCUAUUUGUUUUAGAAUUAAAGCGGCGAUUAGUAAAAUCGACAACUAUUUAUAGAACCUGGCAGUUGUAAGUGUAGUUUGUUAGAUGAUAAUGGGGCCUUUGAGAGUUGAUUCCUUCAUUAUUACAGUGCUAAAAAGCCAUGUAGCGCUACGAAAUGUCGCUUAUUGCCCCUUUAACAGCACGCAAAAGGGAAUGCGUCUGUAAUAUUUUCAUGUUUCAUGUCGUGGAUCGAUGUGUGAUUAUAAUAUAGCAGACAGUGAUUUUAUCUUUCCUAACCAAAAAGAAAUUUAAAUCAUGGGAUUGUUUUCUUUAAGAAAGACCCAUUCUUUAAUUUCGUUCAAAAUAUAAGCAGCCAGUGUUUACACCCACAGUGAAGCAUCACCGAUAUGAAAUGAGGCAGAGCAUUAUUUGGUGAUGCAAAGUGGGUGGGGCCACUGAGGCAAAAAAAUACAUAAAUAAAGUCGAAUUAAGUGUUGUUGUUUUUUUCAUGAAAAGGCAUUUGAGGUUUUUUGCUUUUACUCCUCUCAAAUGUACAGCACAUUUGCCUCUUUCUAAAUUAAACAAUUUUGUAAAAUCGUAAAAAAAAAAAAAGGUAACAAUAUUGUUUGUAGCAUCACAGUAUAUCGUACAUCAGGAUUAUCAGCACGUUAGUCAGUAUUCUGUACGUUUACUCUUUAGACUGCAUGACGGAAAUAAAGGGAAGGUAUGAUUGAUAGAUAGAUAGAUAGAUAGAUAGAUAGAUAGAUAGAUAGAUAGAUACUCUAUUGCAGACAGCAUGAGGGACAAAGGGUUAUAUUUCAUGUAUGUCGAACAUUUCAGAUCAUAAUAUCAUGACAACUGAUUCAUAUUUUAUCAUGGUUUACAGUACUACCAUGGUUAUUUUAGGAUGUAGUACAAAACAACAAGGUGCUAAGUAAGAACCUAGGACAGCCCUUCCCAAACUCAUCAAGGCUGUGGCCCAAGUUUAAAUGGGAAAAUCUUCACCCAUCUAAACUUUUAAUCACAAGACUAAAAUAUGUGGAGAGUAUUAUUUAAAAUCCCAUGUCUUUGUUUUAUUAGUUCUCAUUAAAUGAUGUGGCUUGGCCCACCUGCAGUAUCCUUAAGGCCCAAUAGAGGGCCCACACUUUGGGAAACACUGUCCUAGGAAGACUGCUGGCCUCUGACUGGAUUUAAUUAGUGCCUCAAAUUUGACCUAUGGUACCUUGCAUAUGUAUUUGCCCUUGAUCUUUUUCAAUUUUUUUUUUGUGUCAAAAGCUGGAACCUAAAUAGACAUAAUUGGGGAUUUAAUGUCAUGAAGCUGCAUGCAAUAGCCCUCUCUAAGGCCCCUUUUUCAAGAUAUAAACUGUCAGUUGGUCUUCAUAAUCCCACCCGAUGCCCAUAAAAUAAGCGGUUCUUUGUUCUGCCCAGCAAAGUAUUGGUGCUGCCAUGAAACUGGUUUUCCUGUCUGAGUGCUGGUGCUUUGGCUGUCUGAAAACAAAGAGCUGGGUUAAAAUUGGGCACCGUGUCCAGAAUAGCUUCGGAACCGUCUUGGUGGAAAAGGAGUAUAAGAUGGGACUGCCAGAGCCUGGACACUUCCAGGGAGCCAUCGGCAAAGUAAUUAUGGAAGAGGAAAAAGAAGAAAUAUGUUAAUUUAAAUAUAAAAACAUCUAAAAUUUCAUUUAGUGACUCAGCAUACACAGGAAACAUGAUCUUAUAUUUUUUGAGACCAAACUCAAAGAUUUGUCAUAAAGGGGUGCGUAUAAUAGAAACCCAACAGUGCUCAUUACCCCGAGAGCAUUAUCAACUCCUGGUGUAAGCAUUAUGUUUCUUCAAUGCUGUUCAUCAGCAGGGACUGAGGAAGUGUUCAAAGACAGUUAAUGACAACCCCAGAAUCUUCCUUUAGGACAAAGACCUUGGUCUGGUUCAGAAUCUGUUCUAAAAGUUAGAAAAUUAGCUAAGAAUGUGCAAAAACAUCAGGAUCCAGAUGUUCAAUGCUGAUGGAGACAUAGACCCAGGUGUAAUUGCAGUAAAAGGGCAUAAUUUGAUGACCCAAAGGGGGGUGAAUACUUAUGCAAGGCACUGUAUUAAGAAUAAGGGGUGAUGAUAUUCUGACAUUUUCUCACGAUGUAUCUUAUAACCAUUAGUUGACACAUACCUCACUCAUCACAACGUGUCAAAGCCUCGAGAGGAGCCAAAACUUCAGCCAAACUUGACUUGGGUUAGCUCACCUGAUGCUUUUCUUAACAUGUUAGCUACUACAUUAGCCUCGAACCAUCUUCACACAUCAAGAUUUCCCAGUUCUAGUAAUGUUUAAUCAGUGUCUGGGAUGCGUCAGGUUUUUAACAGCACAGUCACGUUAGGGAGUUUUAGAUUGUUUAGUGAAUGAGUGCCAACAUGGCAGUAUUGGAUGUCUGGUUUGUUGCUUUGUCCUGUUUGUCUCUAAUGAACUCAUGUAUUUAGAUUUUAUUAAGGACUAAGUUAAAAGAGGGGAAAAGGGAUUUAUUUAUUUUUUUCUGCCUGAUCUUAUUGCUAAAUGCACUAAACUGUAAUCUUCCAUUCUUAAAUCCUUAAAGAUUUUUUUCAUUUAACAGUUGUCGGAAGAUAAUUAACCUGUCAAUAACAGUUUUUAUAAAAAGUGUGGAGUUUUUGGGUAUGCAGACAUUUUAAUGUAGCAAAUUUAACAUGUGCCCUGAAUAUUGUUAUUGCAAAUUUAUUCUAAUAAAGUUUCAGAUUAA